UAAACUUCAUUUAAUUUAUCUCACAUAAAUUAUCUCAUUCAAAUUUCAUUUAUUCACUUUAUUAUAUCUAUUCUUAUUGUAUCCAUUCUUGUUAUAACUUCAAUAACCAUAUAAUAAUCCCACACAAUAAUAUCCAUCCACUUUUUCUUACUCUAAUCAAAUAAUUCCUUUUCUGGGCUUCUUUAUUAAUCUUUAAUCUUUAAUUUUUUUCCAUCAAAAAAUAUAAAUAGAAAUAAAAAUAAAAACAAUAUUAAAAAUAACAGCAAAAAAAAAAAAAAUAAUAAUAAUAAUUUGAAAUGACUUUACCAUUUUAUUCAAUACUACUCCCCUCAAAUAAUCAAAAUAAUGUCCAAAAUGAUAACCAAAUUGCUAUGAAUAUUAGAAUUCCAAAAUCAAUCCUAACGAACUUGAAAAACUCAAAUAAAAAAGCAAAAUUAAUUGUAAAAAAUGGUGAAAUAUCCUUGAAAAUUAUCGAUUCUUCAAAUCAAAAAUACUCAAUCUAUAACACUUCGGUACUAGAAACCCAAAACACUGACUUAUAUUCCUCAAACAACUUAAAUAAUUCAAAUACCUCCAAUAAUAACCAAACUCAGUUCUCUCAAAUAGGGAAAGUGAUAUCAAAAGUAACUGUCUUCAAUCUCCCUUCAAAAUCUCUCUCCUCCUCCUCCUCAUCUUCCUCCUCAACACCCAUACCAAAUCACAACUCAACAUAUAAUCAUCCCACAAACAACCUCACUCCCAAUCACACCAUCCCCAUCCCCAUUACAAACUCUUACAACUCCUACAACAAAAAACCCUCUCUUUCUCCAAGAUCUUUAUCAAAUUCCCCUUCCCCAAACCCUCUUCCUUUCUCUUCCUCUUCCUCCUCCUCCUCCUCAACUCCUUUGCUAUCCAAACUAAAUUCCCUAAAAUCCUCUACAAAAAACUUUAAAAAUCUCAAAUCUGAAGACUCUAGAAUGCUCCAUUUACUAGCUGUUGGCCCAAUAUCCGCUGAAAUCAUAAAGGAAAAAUGUCAUGUUUCUCACAUCAUCAACGUUCAAAACUUCCUCAACAAACACGCUUCAAAAGUAACCGCUUCCCUAAAAUCUUACAACCAAGAUACUUAUGGCGACUACUCAAAAUUGCCAAAUGACUACACCAUACCAAUUGACGACUCCUCCUUUAAUAAUCAACCAGAAAAUCUAAAGUUCUACGUCUUGAAUGAUCUAAGUUACCAAUACCUAAGCAUUUGGGAUUUUCGCUAUACCCCCUCAACAAGAGCCUCUAUCUUGAAAAACAUGGAAAAUUCUUUCAACAGACUAAACUACUCACUAUCAAAUCCAAUAAGAAACAUGCUAAUCAAUCCCGAAAUACUAAAAAAAAAUGAAAUCGAAAAAAAUAAAAACACAGAAAUGCUUAAAAACGCCUCCUUUAAAGAAAAACAAAAACUAAUUCAACAGCAAAAUGAAGAACUCUAUCAAAAAAACCUUCUAAAACAAAAGGCUCUACAACAACAACAACAAUCUUUAAACCAAAAAGAUUUAAAAGAAAAAUCAGAAAUAGAAAGACUUCAAAAAGAAAAGGAAAAGGAAAAAGAUUUCCAAGAAAAAUUACGAUUAAAAAAAGAAAAAGAUCUUCAGGAAAGAAUAGCGAGAGAAAAUGAAGAAAAAGAAAAAGAAAAAGAAAAAGAAAGAAUGAGAAAACAAAGAGAACUUGAACAAAAACAAAAACAAAAACAAAUACAGCUACAGCUACAGCUACAAAAAGAGAAAGAAAGAGAAUUAGAAAGAGAAAGGGAAAGGGAAAAGGAAAAGAAAAGAUUGAGAAAAAAAAAGGAAGAACAAGAAAAAUUAGAGAAAUUAGAAAAAAUUAGAUUAGAAAAGGAAAAAUUGGAAAUAGAUAGACUUGAAAAAAUUGAACAAGAGGCUAAACAGUUGGAAAUUUCUUCAAACAAGAAGAGAAAGGUGUUAUCCAAAGAAUUUGUCUCGUCUUCAUCUGAAGAUGAUGAACAUCUAGGUCCUUUAAGAGACAAUGAAACUCAGCGCAAAAGAUUCCGAACCACUUCCAGUUCCUCAUCGGGUUCAUUAUCUUCUUCUUCCACUUCUUCAACAUCAUCGGUAUUUUCCAAGUCCAAUGGUUCUCCAUCUGACUCUGCUCCUAAUUAUUCUACAAACUUGACAUCGCCUGAAAUGAAUCCAAGACUUAAAAAGCAAAAAAUUACAACCUCCUCUAUUAAUUCAUCCAGUGCAUUGUCCAAUGGGUUUCCUUCAGUUCAACUUCAAGAUUUAUCUAGAAAAUUUAAAAAUACAUACAAAGAAUAUCAAGAGUUGUAUGAAUCGAUUCAAAAGAAUAAAUCUAAAGUGAAAAAUAAAAAUAGUUCAUUAAGCAAUAAACAAACCGGUGAUUAUGAUUAUAAAAGUUAUAAUGAGGAUGUUAAAAAAGUCAUUCAAUUACACAAUGAAUUAACUCUUUGGAAGAAAAAGUUAUGGUCAUAUUCAAAUAGUAAUAGUAAUUUUAAUAAUAAUAAUAAUAAUAAUAAUAAUAAUAAUAAUAAUAAUAGAGACAAUAGUUCCAUUGGUCAGAGUAAAGAAAAAGAGAAUAAUCCAAUAACAACAACUCCAAUCAAAAAAGAUGAAACUGUUAAACUUAAACUUUCUCUUAAAUCGGAUGUUAAAAUCGAAAAUAAAAGAGAAAUCAGAACCGAAAUUAGAAAGGAAAUCAAAAGAGAAAUCAAAAAAGAAAUAAUUCCGGAAAUUAAAGAAGCCAAAAAGGACAUCAAAAUUAAAAGUAAAAGAGAACCAAAAGACAUGCCUGUGAUGCCUAUGAAAAAGGGAACAAUGUCUAAAAACGUAAGAAUCGCAGAAAGAAAGGCGGUGUCCAUGAAAAGAGAUCCUUCUUACAGAAAAGAUGGAAUGCUGGUCAAAAGAGAACCAUUGAGAGAUGUUGGAAGAGAUGUUAGCAGAGAAAUCCAUAGAGAAGCUAACAAAGAUAUAAAUAGAGAGAGACAAAUAGAAAGACAAAGGGAAAGACCUAGAAUGAGAAUGGAAAGAGGUUUUGAAAGAGAAAUCGACAAUGAACGCUCUAUACCAGUUGAAAGAAAAUUGAAAUCAAGAUCGAGAUCACCCUUGCCUAGCUCAAGAUCCCCAUUACAAAGACCAAAUACCUCCUCGCCUCGAAUGAGGAACACCAGCUCCAAUGUCAGCUCCAAGCUAUCAAAGGUGCACAAACCACCAGUCUCGUCGAGCUCAAGGUCUGGAAACAGCAAAAGGUCGGGCGAAGAGGUGCAGUCUCGCAUCCACCAUUCGUCCAGCACAAGCAGCAUAUUCUCCCUUGAAAAGAGCUCUGGCAUGAGACCUGGAGUGCGAAACAGAAGAUAGUUUACAAUACAGUAAUGCCCCUACACAAACCGCUUAAUACCGUGUUUUACUUUUAGUUCUUAGUUUUUUUUCUGGUUACAUGUUAGUUUUAUUUUUUUAUUCAGUCAUAAAGAAAGCAUUCAUUAAUACAGUCAUUCCCACUCGGUCAGUUUGAAGUUGUAGUUUCCGUAGGUGAAUGUUGGAGCUUCGGUUUCUGGGCGAAUGUUGCCCAAACUG